AUUCCUGUCCGUGGAACCGGAAGCCAAAGGCUGACUCUCUUGUGGAGAUCCAACAGGCUGAAAUGUCAUCAUUCCAAAUGUGAAACCCAGUAGGCAAGAUCUGAGAGGAGAGGAAGCAAAUGGAUUACACGGCCUCUUGCCUUAUUUUCUUCUUUAUUGCAGCUGGGCCAGUAUUCAGUAGCGACCAUGAAACUCGUCUCAUUGGGGAUCUGUUUGCCAACUACAACAAAGUGGUUCGCCCCGUAGAAACGUAUAAGGAUCAAGUGGUGGUAACUGUUGGACUGCAGCUCAUCCAACUCAUUAACGUGGAUGAAGUCAACCAAAUUGUGUCAACAAAUAUCCGCCUAAAACAGCAAUGGGUAGAUGUUAACCUCAAAUGGGACCCAGCAAAAUACGGUGGCGUAAAGAAGCUUCGAAUUCCUUCGAGUGAGGUUUGGUGCCCAGAUUUGGUUCUUUAUAACAAUGCAGAUGGUGACUUUGCCAUUUCCAAGGACACUAAAAUCCUUCUGGAACACACCGGAAAGAUAACAUGGACACCCCCAGCGAUUUUCAAAAGCUACUGUGAAAUUAUAGUCACACACUUUCCAUUUGACCAGCAGAACUGCAGCAUGAAGUUUGGCACUUGGACUUAUGAUGGCACCUUAGUAGUUAUAAACCCGGACAGGGACAGACCAGAUCUGAGCAACUUCAUGGCAAGUGGAGAAUGGAUGAUGAAGGACUAUCGCUGCUGGAAGCAUUGGGUUUAUUAUACCUGUUGCCCAGAUAAGCCAUAUCUGGAUAUUACCUACCACUUUGUCCUACAAAGGCUUCCCCUCUAUUUCAUUGUCAACGUCAUCAUUCCUUGUCUGCUCUUCUCUUUCCUCACUGGCUUAGUAUUUUACCUGCCUACUGAUUCAGGAGAGAAAAUGACGCUAAGCAUUUCUGUCUUACUGUCCCUGACUGUGUUCCUUCUGGUCAUCGUCGAGCUGAUCCCUUCAACAUCGAGCGCUGUCCCUUUAAUUGGGAAAUACAUGUUAUUCACCAUGGUCUUUGUCAUCGCUUCUAUCAUUAUCACAGUCAUCGUCAUCAACACCCAUCACCGCUCCCCAAGCACUCACACCAUGCCUCCGUGGGUGAGAAAGAUUUUCAUAGACACCAUCCCAAACAUCAUGUUCUUCUCUACCAUGAAACGUCCUUCACAAGAAAAACAGCCUCAGACAACAUUUGCAGAAGAGAUGGACAUAUCAGACAUUUCAGGAAAGCUCGGCCCAGCCGCAGUGACUUAUCAGUCCCCAGCUCUAAAGAACCCCGAUGUAAAGAGUGCCAUAGAGGGCAUUAAAUAUAUUGCUGAGACCAUGAAGUCAGACCAGGAAUCAAAUAAGGCUUCUGAAGAAUGGAAGUUCGUCGCUAUGGUGUUGGAUCAUAUCCUGCUCGCUGUCUUCAUGACAGUCUGCGUCAUAGGAACCUUGGCUGUGUUUGCCGGACGCAUCAUCGAAAUGAACAUGCAGGACUGAACAAAGUGCUUGUUUUGAUUUUUUAAUGUCAAAUUAGACAGGAGGACUAGUUUUAUCGCCACUCUUGCAUUCACUUUGAGCCUACAGUUUUGCCAUCUCAACAAUAGCAACUAUGUACCAUCCCAAGCUCAUAACUUACUGUACCUUUAGGUACAAAGAAACAUACAAUAUUGUUAGAAUAAUGACCCUGCUUUGUGCAACAACUUGGCAUUUAUCCCACAUCUUUGCCUGAUUGCUACUCAAGCUGAGCUGCCCAUUAGCAAGGGCCACACAAUCAUAUUGCUAUAAGCACAGGUGAGCUUCAAGUCCUUGUUUGGGCAUUCUAGUUCAGCAACAGCUGUUGGGCCACGGGCUGGGCAUUCCUUAUGUGAGUGCAGUUCCACAGAGAUUAAUGUUCAAUACAGCAUCAUUGUGUUUUUUUUCUACUUUGAUAUUCUAUAAGGAUAUAGCAUAGAAUAAAUAAAUAUAAUAGCUACAAUAAAUACAAUAUUGAAGAAAAUAA